AUGUCUUUUUUAAUUUCUUUUAUCUCUGAUCCUGUAUUAGUUUGUCUGCUCUGUGCAGCAGUAUUAUUAGCUGUAAUCUAUUUUACAACCGGCUCUAAAAAUUCAUCUUUUAAAUUGCCUCCUGGUCCAACUCCUCUUCCGAUCAUUGGUAACCUGCAUUUGGUGGAUAUUAGAAGGCAAGAUAAAUCUCUAAUGAAGCUUGCAGAAGAAUAUGGCCCGGUCUUCACCCUCCAUUUUGGCUUCCAGAAAGUUGUGGUCCUGACUGGGUACGAAGUUGUGCGGGAGGCGCUUGUGAACUACACAGAGGAGUUUGUAGACAGACCAUCCAUCCCAAUAUUUGACCAAAUUCAGAACGGAAACGGUGUGUUCUUCUCCAUCGGGGAGCUGUGGAGAACAACGCGGAGAUUCACCGUGUCCAGCAUGCGCAACCUCGGCAUGGGCAAACAAAUGAUGGAAGGGAAAGUCUUCGAGGAGCUUCACUUCCUUAUCGAGAUGAUCAAAUCCUUCAAAGGGGAACCUUUCAGCCUGAGGUCCUUCAACAUCGCUCCGAUCAACAUCACCUUCCUCAUGCUCUUUGGGGACAGGUUUGACUACAAGGACCCAACAUUUCUCACUCUCUUAAGGCUCAUAGAUGAAGUUAUGAUUCUUCUGGGAUCUCCAUAUUUGAAUUAUUUCAAUUUCUACCCGUUCCUUGGAUUUCUCUUCAAAACCCAUAAGAUUUUGCUUGAGAAAAUAGAAGACGUGCGCGCCAUUAUAAGGCAAUACAUGAAGGCAAGCAGGGAAGAUAUCAAUGAGAACAGUGUGAGGAGCUACACUGAUGCACUGAUAUUCAAGCAACACGAGGAGAAAAACAAGAAAGACAGCAUCUUCCACGAUGAAAACUUAAUAGCAUCCAUACUGGACCUGGUCAUGGCAGGAACAGAGACCACAGCCACGACACUCCAGUGGGCCAUCCUACUGAUGAUGAAGUACCCAGAGAUUCAGAAAAAGGUGCAAGAGGAGAUUGGAAGAACCAUCAAAGUUGGAACAUGGGCCACGUACGAGGACCGGAAGAACAUGCCCUUUACCAACGCGGUGUUACACGAAGUGCAGAGGUUUAUCACCCUCCUGCCCCACGUUCCCCGCUGCACUGCUGUUGACACCCACUUCAGGGGCUACUUCCUACCCAAGGGUAUAAUCGUAAUCCCAUCACUCACCUCUGUGCUGCUGGACAAGACGCAGUGGGAGACACCACACCAGUUCAACCCCAACCACUUCCUCGAUGCUGAAGGGAAUUUUGUGAAGAGGGAGGCUUUCCUGCCCUUCUCCACAGGGCGAAGGAACUGCAUCGGAGAAAGCCUGGCCAAGAUGGAGCUGUUUGUCUUCUUUGUAGGAUUGCUGCAGACAUUUACUUUCCAACCCCAGCCAGGAGUUUCAGAGUCUGACUUGGACCUCACUGUCCCCCAAACAACGUUCACGUUAAGGCCUCGGCCGCAGGCAACCUGUGCUAUCCUACGUGAAUAA